AUGAUACUAGAAGCUAUUCCUCAGGAUGCUGGUAUGGUUCAUAUCAUUGAUUUUGACAUUGGCCAAGGUAUUCAAUGGCCUCCACUUAUCGAAGCACUUGGGAGGAGAGGUCAACGUUUGGUGCAACUGACUUCAAUAAAAUGGGAGGAAGAAGAUGGCAGUUACUUUCCUCCCACAGACAGUUUUGAGGAGAUAAAAAGGAGGCUAUAUGAACACGCGCGAACUUGUGAUGUGAUAUUGAUGAUAGAAAAGAUGGACAUGGAGAGCUUGGUGAGUGAGAUGAAGAUAGCAAAGAAAUGUAGUAGAAGAAAUGAAUGGGUAGCCUUCAACUGCAUGGUUGGUCUCCCUCACAUGGGGAGACUGAGAAGUGAUAAGCAUCUCAUGGAUUUUCUGAAGGUGGCUAAGGACUCCCUCAAUAACACUGGUAUUAUAACUUUUGGGAAUGUAAAUGACGUAGGAAGACUAGACUGCAGUCGAAUUGGUUCUUUGUUUGAAGAGAAGUUACUUCAACUCCAAGCAUUUUUCCAAUUAAUGGAGUGGCAUUUACCAGCUCACCUUUUGGAAGCAAGAGUAGCGAUGGAAUGUCUCUUUAUGGCACCCCAAGUUUCUUCACUCGCUGGCUUUCAGAAUUUGGAGGAAAUUAGUGCCAGGAAUGGGAGGGCUCUCUCUGAGAUGGGGUUGAAAGCCUGGAGAUUAUCCCAAGAUAAUCUUAUGGAGGCUAAGGAGCUGGUUAGUGAAGGUAACAGUCUAUAUUGGGUGAAAAAUACAAUCGAAAAUGAGAUGGUUUUGGGCUGUAUGGGAACCUCAUUGGUUAAAGUUUCAAGCUGGAGAUAG